UUGAGCGCCAACAUAUUCCCUUCAAGUAUGCCUCACGGGAAUCACCGCAAUAAGUCUAAUCACUAUCGGUGGAGAAGUCGUAAGUACUUGGAGUUUCUCAUAUAUUUUACAAACUUACGCGAUAGUUUGGUCUAUGUGUGAUUAUUUGUAUAUGGACAGCUGUAUAUAUGCUCUCCUAUAGAAGAGACUGAAUUUCCAUAAUUUUGGAGUUAUUUAUUCAAAACUUACAGAGUUUAUACUCUGUUGAACGCUGAUGCAUCACAUUCUAGACACAUUCAGUAGAGUUAUUCUCAAUAAAACUGAUUAGGCUCGUUUUCCGUCCGAAUUUAUUGACUGGUGUGCUAUUCAGAUUUGUGUAGUAAGAACAGAAGGCCUACUGCCUAUUUUAUUCCUUUUCUAGUAUGCUUCUGUGAGUGUCCAGUCUUCUCUUGAAAGAGUCAAUUGAAGGUGCGAACACCACUGCUUUGGGCAGCAGGUUCCAAGUAUUGAUGACUCGGUGUGAAGACCUGUAUGCCGCGGGUAUUUUGUUCGUUCUUGGCUUUUCUACUCGCCUGCUAUGUCCUCUGAGACGUCCCGAUCUAGUGGGAAGAAAAAGAGAGAACAAAUGGAGAAAAUGAUCGACGUAUUGAUACCUCUGACGAAUAUUUACGACGACGCGAACAUGGAGGGAAGUUCAGUAGUGGUCGCAAGUCAAUAAUUUCUGGUAACAAUGUGGAUAUGUUAAAACGUGCUAUGAAUAUGAAUCUUAUCGGUGGAUCAGCAGCUUCUGUUGUCACUGCCCAAAAUAGUGGCUUGGCUCCCGGCGAAGUUUGGGUGAGAAUUACUAUUGUCCAUGGCGCUAAUCAUCCGAUGAUGGAUCUUCAACAGUUGGUCACCACCAUUGUUGGGACACAGCUACGGUUCUAUAAUACUUGCGUUGAAGGAAGAAAUGCACUAAUGCAUGCAAAAAUCAGACAAAAGGAUGUAAGUACUCUUGUAAUUUACAUAAUUCAGAUUAAAUCGGUUCGUUAUCUUUAUACCACAUUCAGUAAAUACACCUGUUCAAGUCUUUACAUCCAACAGUAAAAAUAACCGAUGUCAUGGAAAAGUUAGUACAUUUGGAUAAGUUGAGGUUUUUAAUCUUCAGACCAAGGUAACAAAUGUCACUGCUUGUAUGUCAGAUAAUCGUCCCGAACUUUUGAUGUAUCUAAUUAUCUGCAUCCACCUUGCUUGACUAGUUAUUACGAUAGUUAAGGUUGUCUCCCUAGUGUUGACGUCGCUUUACGUACCGUUAAGUCACAAUUUUAACUCCUGUUCUACUUUCGAUCGAGUACUCACUUUGUCCCCAACUUAUAUCCAGUAUAGUCUAAGGCUUAAAAUACAAGUCUGUACCUAUUAUUUCGUUUCACAUCUUCGAAAUACCUAAUCAUACAACUACUGAAUUUAAACAAAGUGAUAUUUUCCGUCUUUUUAUUAAAAAUUAGUAACAACUAUGUGUUUUUUAGGUUCAAAGUUACCGCAAAUCACUCCAAAAUUUACGCGAUCCAAGUCAGGGUUCACAAUUAAUUACCGACAUAACAAUUGUCCCUGAGCCCAGAGUCCCUUCUUCGUCUGAUAAAAGAAAUGAAUCACCGAAUACCUCUCCUCUGCCAGAAACUUGGAUUGAAGCAUUAAAGCAGUGCUUUGUUCAGCGUUAUCAACCUACUACGCGUAGUUUAGAUCUCUCUUCUCUGCACACGGAUCCAGUUCUUUUAAGUCAGGGACUAUAUUUACCUCUUAAUAAACAAGCGGUGGUUCAUACUUUGAUUACUAUCCUGAAACAAAACCAAGCACAGGUAACUGUUUUAUCGUUUUACAACUUCCAAAGUAUGUUUUCCUCACAAAAAGAUUUUCUAUUUAAGACCACUUAAAAUAUCCACUCUCAAAAAGCAUCUAAAAUCACGAAUGACCAACGAUAGUUGUAAGAGAGCGAUGGCGAUAAGUAGUCAAUGAAAAUUUUCACACCUCAGAUCCACUUACAACUACACAAUCUGUUAACUUAACACACUUGUUAGAUUUAGUUCUGUGGUAUUGUAUGGCGUUCCAUACGAUGGUCGAAUGUCAGACUUUUUACAUCCGAUUUCCGUUUGUCAUGUUCACUAAUUAAGAAGAAAGGACCCUAAAUCAUGAAAAAUAGUAAAACUGACUACCGUUUUCUUUAUCUUUGGAAGGUUGUAAAGCGCUGAAAUGUUUCUGUGACUUGGAUAAUAAAAUCGUGACUUCAUUGGCAGAUAAAGCCUACUUGAUUGGGGUUCGCACGUGACUUAUGGUUGAAAAAAUUGAUUGGCAUAACUCAAAGUCGGUCACAGUUGUACAUAUCAAUCUAUUCUCAUGACUCGUUCUUUCGCCACGAAUGUAGUCUUUUUUACUACUACUUUUGGUACUUGAUAAUUUCUCUUACUGUGUUAAUGAGGUAGGGAUAUUUGAGUCAAUCAAAUCCAUGCCAAAUUAUGCGUUGCUUUUUUAGCAGGAUAUAGAUUGGAUCAAAGUAUGUUCCGUGCAGGAUUGUAUCAGAUCACGCCGGUUGGCCAUUUCUUAGCCGAUCAACGCCGGUCGAUACUUGGGGAAAACUCUAGAAUCUUGUGUAAAAUUAUAUAUAUAUAUCAACGUUUUCCUUAUUAUUAUUCCUAUUCCCACUCAGCCUUGUUUAUUUGAAAUAUAAUUUCGUUUCUUUUCAAUCAUGUUUUGAUUUUGGAACAUAUCGAAGAAUACUAAACAAUAAAAGUAGCUGGGUCAUAGUAAGAGAUCAUAACAGCUUUUUUAUGUGAUCGGAUUAUUUAAACAUAUAAAAUUAGUUGUUUGUGUAUUCUAUGAUUAAACAUAUGUUGCUCAUUUAUUAAAAAGAAAUUGAUUAGAAGAAUUCACAUAUGUUAAGUAGCGAAACAAUAAACAAGGAAAACCACUUCAGUUCAGGUGCAUUGUUUAAUGGGUGAUAAACGAAAGUAGCUGUUAAAUGAGAAUUAGUCCACAUUUUUACGCUCUUAGGUGAAUGAUUUGGGCAUUAGUAAUUAUGAAGAACACGCCAUAUACAAUGUGUAAAAAUCCAAUUUGUUUUGAAACCGUUAAAACUAAAUACAAUUUUCUGCUUUAUUUUAUUUCUAAAGCUUGCUGUUCUCAAUCUAUCAAACAACCGACUAACUCAUUUGAAUGCUUUUUCUCCGUUAUCUUCAACGAGUGCUGGAUUUAUUCCAGUGUCCAUUGAACGUAUAGAUCUCAGCUCAAAUCCUCUAAGUAGCAUACCUGUCCUUUCUGGUCUUCGAGAUAUCGUUGGUUUGGUUGAAUUAGACCUUACAGAAACUCCUUUGAUGUCAAAAUUCAAUCCAAACGACAAAUCUUUUGCAGCUAAAUUGCAUACAAUCUUACCAACGAUCAAACGUUUAAAUGGACAAGAAUUACCGCAGACUGUACAAUUUGCAAUUGAGCAGGGUUCGGAUUCUUCUAAACGGCCUCCAACGAAACCGCUUCCGCAGUCUAUUCUGGGAUUUUUUCCUAAUGAUGAAGUAAAAAUAGCUUUGCUGAGUUUUUUGAAAUUGUAAGUCCUUUUUAGGAUUGCUUUUGUGAUUGUUUAAAUCCAAGAAUAGUUACUUUCUGUAUACCCUUUCCUUUAGAUUCUCACAAUCCUCAGUCUUGUCGAUAGCAGUUUUAUUUUAUGGACACUUGUGCUGGAUAUAUCCGACAGCAUUAUUCUCCAAGUUUUGUUUUUAUCGACCUACGAUUUCAGGCUCCAUUGUGUCAUUUGGCUGUAGUAUUUAAAAGCUCCCACUCACUUGCUCUAAUACUCAACGAACACCUGGAUUUAGUUUUACUAAUUCCAUUCAUCCAAGUAAUUUUGCGCCGCUUUUUAAGACUAUGAAACUUCAUUUAUAUGUGACAUCUAAUACUUACAUCAUAAAACCAUUUAAUUUUAAGAAAGUACCUGGUUGCUAAAAGUUUGAUAGCGGUUACAUAUUUUUGUCUCGCCAUUUACAAAGCCACUGUCACAGAUAACAUUGUUCACAAGUAAUUAAAGUUUCUGUGCCUUAAAAUCUGUAUGUCUGUAUAUUUUGUUCCCUUUAUUGAUUAUACUCCUUUUUCGUGAUUUCUGUGAUCUAGAUACCUUAGUCGCUAUGAUUCUAAGCCCCGAGGUGAAAGUUUGCUGCCUUACUACACGACUGUUUCCCAACUGGUUUUUUCCGUGUCUCCUGAAAAUCGUUUUCCAAAUUCACAAAAUGUGUCAUUCACAGCACGCGUAGAGAUACAAAAUGGUUCUGAUCAACCGACUACGGCAUAUCUUACCACUUCACGAUUAAAUCAAGCUUACUUUUUACGAAGUCGUAAUCUUCUUCGCUGCCGGGACCAAAGUAGACGACGCGACAUGGUUGUUCGUGGUAGUUUGGCUAUCGCCCAUUUUUUGGAUGAGCUACCAACCACGGAACAUCAAUUAGAGUCUUUAUCUGUAGACGUCGCCUUUCAUUCCGGAACUCAAAUGUUGUUUACAAUGGGGGGUGUUUUUUACGAGGUUUCUUCUAUGGGUUCAAGUUCCACCAACUCAAGCUCACACGAAAAAUCUGUUCGCAAAGUCCUUCGGUGUUUUACUAGAACUAUGAUACUGAUCGCACCAGGUGGUCAUAUAGUGCAAGAUGAUUAUAUUGUGUCUAAUCCAACUACCUCUUUGUGUAAGAAAUACAUUACUGAAAUGGCUACAAGAUGCAAACAGGACAGUCAGGCCUCAAAUCAACAGCAAAAUGUUCUCAGCUCUGACCCUUCUGCACCUGAAGUAAAAGAAAAUAUAGUAAUUGAAUUUAGUCGGCGCACCGGUAUGAACAUUCCCUUUUCAAGACAGUGUCUAGAAGAGUAUGAAUGGAAUGCUAAUGCUGCACUAACUGCUUUCGAAACUAUGAAUUUAGCUGGCAAAAUUCCACCUGAAGCGUUUUCUGUAUAAUCUUUGAACUAAAAUUAUAAAAUUUCAACUUAUGCAAUGUAUGUAUGUUUGUGUGUAUCUAGAUGCACUCAUAUAUUCUGACGUGUUACGAUUCGUCAUUAGCUAGGUUACUUGUAGAGCAUAUCCUAUCAUGUUUUUUAUUUGAGCUGAGUGACUGUCUGUCAGAAUGUUAGUCGUUGUUUGACUAAAAGAGUUUGUAUGUAUGUGUGUGUUUUGCUCGUUCUCCAGGCCCAAGAAAAAAAUCUGUCGGAAAAAUAAUCUUUUGCUUUAAAAUAAUUGAAAAAAAUAUGAGGUUUAAAAAAAUAUGCUGCUGUAAUACAGCGGUCUACCCGGCAGUGAUUAAGAUUUCUAAAAACUGGGUCAAACGGUGAACUAGAGCAAUGCUUGUUCUUUUUUGUUGUAGUCAAACAUACAAUAACUUUUGACGUACUAGUUACUUGGUGAAAAUAAAAAUAUGAUGGUUAAAUGUUCCAACGUAAUCGAACUGUUGACCGAUUGCUACACUGUUAGAAUAUUUAUGUGCAUCAGAUUACACUUGCGUGCAUGAUAUUUCAAAAAUUGAAUUUCGUAAUUUAUAUUCUUCAAAUGUUAGUUAAUUUCUACUUGUAUCAUCAUCAUUAUACACUAACUCUUAACUUAUUGGUUUUAACGCCCUAGCUUUUUUGUACAGUUUAUGUUUUAAAUGUUAAAGAAAUCGAAAAAAUGUUAUAUGACUGA